CGCCGCUGCCGCGCAGGGAGUGGCAGGGCGGCCGCCGGGGCUGCAUCGCGCCGUGGCACCGAGCCCCCCCGCCCCGCUCCGGCGGGCAGCCCCAGGGUGUGUGACGAUGGAAGAAGAGGUCCACCAGCGAGCAGCCUGAACAGGGACACCAGGACAGCUCUUUGAGACACUGGGACACAGGAGACAGCAAACAUGCUGAAGCCAAGUGGACUUAAAAUCCCUGGCAGGGCUGGGAAGCACUCCAGCCCCGUGGGACGGACAUCAGGGACCGCCACAGCUCCGGUCACCACUGGCUCAAAAGAAGGCUCACCUUUGCACAAGCAGGGUCCCGCCUCCACCGCCAGCACCGAGAAGUCGGGUUCGAAGGUCGCCGAGGUGGGCGAUGAUUUCCUGGGUGACUUCGUGGUGGGCGAACGCGUCUGGGUGAACGGAGUGAAGCCAGGAGUGAUCCAGUAUCUUGGGGAGACGCAGUUUGCUCCGGGCCAGUGGGCAGGGGUUGUUCUGGAUGACCCGGUGGGUAAGAAUGACGGCUCCGUCGGGGGGGUGCGGUACUUCGAGUGCCAGCCGCUGCAGGGGAUUUUUACGCGACCGUCCAAGCUGACGCGGCAGCCGGUGGCCGAGGGCUCGGGCAGCGACGCCCCCUCCGUGGACUCCCUGACGGCUCAGAACUUGUCCCUGCACUCAGGGACGGCCACACCGCCUCUCUCCACUCGCGUCAUCCCGCUGCGGGAGAGUGUCCUGAACAGCGCCAUGAAGACGGGCAACGAGUCCGGAUCCAACCUCUCGGACAGCGGGUCUGUGAAAAAGGGGGAGAAGGACUUACGGCUUGGAGAUCGUGUGCUGGUUGGUGGGACGAAGACGGGAGUCGUUCGCUACGUGGGAGAGACGGAUUUUGCCAAGGGGGAGUGGUGUGGUGUGGAGCUGGAUGAGCCCCUGGGCAAGAACGACGGGGCCGUGGCUGGUACCAGGUAUUUUCAGUGCCCUCCCAAGUUUGGCCUCUUUGCUCCCAUCCACAAGGUGAUCCGGAUUGGGUUCCCAUCCACCAGCCCUGCCAAGGCAAAGAAGAGCAAGAGGAUGGCCAUGGGAGUGUCAGCCCUGACCCACAGCCCCAGCAGCUCCUCCAUCAGCUCCGUCAGCUCCGUGGCCUCGUCGGUCGGGGGCAGGCCCAGCCGCAGUGGGCUGCUGACAGAGACCUCUUCUCGGUACGCCCGAAAAAUCUCUGGCACCACAGCUCUGCAGGAGGCACUGAAGGAGAAGCAGCAGCACAUUGAGCAGCUGCUGGCAGAGCGUGACCUGGAGCGGGCAGAGGUGGCCAAAGCCACCAGCCACAUCUGUGAGGUGGAGAAGGAGAUUGCCAUCAUGAAGGCCCAGCACGAGCAGUAUGUCACAGAGGCAGAGGGAAACCUCCAGCGAGCACGAGCCUUGGUGGAUGGGAUGCAGAAGGAGAAGAUUGAGCUGUUGAACCAGCUGGAAGAGGAGAAGAGGAAAGUGGAGGACUUGCAGUUCCGUGUGGAGGAAGAAUCCAUUACAAAGGGGGAUCUGGAGUUAACAACAGUGGCAGAGAAGUCCAGGAUCCUGCAGCUGGAGGAGGAGCUGAGCCUCAGGCGCAGCGAGGUGGACGAGCUCCGUCAGUGCCUCAGGAGCUCUCACCAAGCAGAGAGCCCUGAGCAUAACCUGGGCUUGCAGUCGGAGGCCCUUCGGCUGCGGGAUCAGCUGCUCUCUGCCAACAAGGAGCACCAGAAGGAGAGCAGCCAGCUGAAGGAGAAGUAUGAGAAGACGUUAAAGAAGUACCAGCAGGAGAUGGAGAAGCUGAAGUCUGUCAACGAGAAGUACUCGCAGGAAAUCGUUGACCUAAAGCAUAAAGUUCAGCAAGCCACUAAUGAGAACAUGGGGCUUAUGGACAACUGGAAGUCCAAGUUGGACACGUUGGCUUCUGACCACCAGAAGUCUCUGGAGGACCUGAAAGCCACGCUGAACUCAGGCCCUGACACCCAGCACAAGGAGAUCGUGGAGCUGAAGGCAGUGGUGGAGAGUAUAAAGAUGGAGCACCAGCUUGAGUUGGAGAACCUGAAAGCAAAGCACGACAUUGAGACAGCUGUGCACGUAAAGGAGAAAGAGAGUCUCAAACUGAAGCUGCAGGAGGCUUUGGAUGAAGUGGAAAAAAGCAACAGCAACUGGAAAAUGCAACUGGAAACCAAAAGCAGUCAGCACCUUCUUGAGCUCCAGGAUGUGAAGGACAAGUGUCGAGAUGCUGAGCUGAGGGUGCAUGAACUGGAGAAACUUCAUGGUGAAUACACAGACCAGACAGAAGCAAUAGCUUUCUUGAAAGAGCAGAUUUCUUUGGCUGAAAAGAAGAUGUUGGACUAUGAAACGUUACAGAAAACAGAAGCCCAGAGCAAACAGGAGAUCCAAAGAUUGCAGGAAAAAGUGCUUGUCUUAGAGAACAAACUGCAGUCCCUGGAGGCCCUGCACCCUUCUCAGCAUGCAAAUAUGAUUGAAACUAAUGAUAUUUCAGAAGAAAAGAUAAAGAUGAAGCAGACUAUGGAAGACCUCCAAGACAAGCUGAGUAAAAGAGACAAAGAGGUGUCAUCCCUGGUGUCCCAGACUGAAACUCUAAGGGCCCAAGUAAGUGCUUUGGAAAAUAAAUGCAAAACAGCAGAAAAGAAGGCUGACGUGUUCAAAGAAAAGAAGAGGCUGGAAGGGGAACUGGAAGCCUUGACCAAGAAAACACACGAUGCUUCAGGGCAACUGGUCCUGAUUAGCCAGGAGCUGCUCAAGAAGGAAAGGAGCCUGAACGAGCUGAGAGCCUUGUUACUGGAGGCAAACCGGCACUCGCCGGGGCCGGAGCGCGACCUCAGCCGGGAAGUGCACAAAGCCGAGUGGAGGCUGAAGGAACAGAAGCUCAAAGAUGACAUCAAGGGGCUGCGAGAGAAACUGGUUGUGGCUGGACAAGGAGAAGUCGGUGACGGACCAGCGGCGAUACCCUGAUCGACCCUCGUCGGAGUCGGAGGUGAUCCGGCUGCAGCACGGCUCGUCAGCACGGAGGACGUGCUGCGCAACGCGCUGGAGCAGGGACACCAGAUGGAGAAGCUCAUGGAAGCCAUGAGGCUCUCCUCUGAGAAAACACAGACUGUUGGAAAUUCUGGGUCUUCUAACGGGAUUCACCAGCAGGAUAAAUCCCACAAGCAAGAG